CUCUCUCACUCGUCUGACAUUGAGUCCUCACUUCAGCCUCACAAACAGCUGCACUCCGUUCACCAAACUUUUCUCCCAACUCCUCCAAUUUGGAUAACUUUUUUUUUUUUUUUUUUUUUUUUGAAAUGUCUACAACUUUAUGAGUUUUUAAUCUGUGGAUGUUCAGAAAUAGGGAAGUCUGCACCGCUGGAUUCUCGGUUUUUGCGUAAUGCUGAGGCGUCCUCUCUUCAACAUCUGGAUUAACUAUUUGGAGUCAGAGCUAGCGGCCCUGCACAGACCUCUGCCUGUCUAGCCUCUCUUUAGGGAAAGUCUGCCCUUUUUUCUCUCUGGAAUUUAACUCUUUUUGAUUACACGAGUCUUGUGGAUAGAUUAUGUAUUCUUUAAAAUGGGUGCGAACAAUGGAAAACUGUAUGGAAGCGAGGGUAAAGGGAGCUCAAGCAUCUCCUCUGACAUAAGUUCGAGCACAGAUCACACACCAACCAAAGCUCCAAAGAAUGUGGCUACCACCGAAGGUUUGGACUCCAGCACACGGACUCUGAGCACCCCCAGCCCCGGUCUUAUCCUUCCAUCCAAGUCCUCCUCCCUCUCCUCACCCGCCCUCUCCAGCAACGGCCAUGAGACCAACUCCUCCUCCUCCUCCUCAGCGCUCGCUGAAACCGUCGCCGUCGUCCACCCUCACCCCGGCACUCACACACGCUCCCGCCAGUCGAAAACCCACCAUCUGGCCCCCAUCGACCUCCUCCCCGACCACGCCCUCCUGCAGAUCUUCUCCCAUCUCCCCACCAAUCAGCUUUGCCGCUGCGCCCGCGUUUGUCGCCGCUGGUACAACCUGACGUGGGACCCGAGGUUGUGGGGCACCGUGCGGCUCACGGGAGAGCUGCUUCACGCCGACCGUGCCAUCAGGGUGCUGACCCACCGGCUGUGCCAGGACACCCCGAACGUGUGCCUGACCCUGGAGACGGUGGUGGUGAACGGGUGCAAGAGGCUCACUGACCGCGGGCUGCAUGUGGUGGCUCAGUGCUGCCCGGAGCUGCGACGCCUGGAGGUUUCUGGAUGUUAUAACAUCUCUAACGACGCUGUGUUCGAGGUGGUGUCCCGCUGCCCCAGCCUGGAACACCUGAACCUCUCAGGCUGCUCCAAGGUCACAUGUAUCAGCCUCACCCAGGAGGCCUCGCUCCAGCUGUCGCCUCUCCACGGCCAGCAGAUCUCCAUCCACUUCCUGGACAUGACCGAUUGUUUCUCCCUCGAGGACGAGGGCUUGCGAACCAUCGCCUCCCACUGCCCCCGACUGACACAUCUGUAUCUGAGGCGCUGCACCAGACUGACGGAUGAGGCCCUGCGCCACCUGGCCCUCCACUGCCCGUCUAUAAGGGAGCUUAGCCUCAGUGACUGCCGCUUGGUUGGCGAUUUUGGCCUGAGAGAGGUCGCACGUUUGGAAGGCUGCCUGCGCUACUUAAGUGUGGCCCACUGCACCCGCAUCACGGAUGUGGGCAUGCGCUAUGUGGCUCGUUACUGCCCGAGACUGCGCUACUUAAACGCUCGGGGUUGUGAGGGGCUGACAGACCACGGCUUGAGCCACUUAGCAAGGAGCUGCCCUAAACUCAAGUCCCUGGACGUGGGUAAGUGCCCGCUCGUUUCCGACAGCGGGCUGGAGCAGCUAGCCAUGUACUGCCAAGGCCUGAGGCGAGUGAGUCUCAGGGCCUGCGAGAGCGUCACGGGCAGAGGACUCAAAGCUCUGGCUGCAAACUGCUGCGAGCUGCAGCUUCUCAACGUGCAGGACUGCGACGUGUCGCCGGAGGCUCUGCGGUUUGUCAGACGCCACUGUCGACGCUGCGUCAUCGAGCACACGAACCCGGCCUUCUACUGAGGCGAGGACUUUUCUUGACUGGUCUUUUGCCCGAGUGGAUGUUGUAAUAUAUUCCUGCUAUGGAGUUGGCAGAGUUCAGCGGCUGAUGCGUCAGAACUGGUUUUUAAAAAACUGGUGUGCAAUACUGACCAGAAUUUGUCUCUGUAAAUCCGCUUGGUGGUUGUAGACGCUGCCCUUUGAAAAGACUUCCAUAGAAUGUAUUUAACAUAUUUAUCUGUUUAAAAAAAAAAAAAAAAAAAAAAAAGGCAGAGAAGCGCAGUAUUUUACCUUUUUUUUUUUUUUCAACACCACCAUUUACAAUGUAACAACUUGCUACAGCACUGAGCACUGGGUACAGUUUGUCACCAUUUAAGAGCGUUAUAAAUAAAUGUUAUUGUCAAUGUCAUCACCUUAAACCUUCA